AUGGAUCAUCAUCGAUCUCUUGGAACCAUUUAUGUUUUCAUUAUAAUUUCAAUUAUUUCGAUGAACAAUAUGUUGUGCACUACAUCGUGUCCUACUUUCUACAAUACCACAUGUCCUAAUGCACUCAAGACCAUUAGAACCACCAUUAGGACCGCGGUUUCACGUGAACGUCGCAUGGCAGCCCUUCUCAUUCGUCUUCAUUUUCAUGAUUGUUUUGUCCAGGGUUGUGAUGCAUCCAUUUUACUAAACGACACAACCCCAAAUGAAAGGGGAACACUUUCCAAUAGCGGGGUCGGAGGCUAUGAAGUUAUUGAUGCUGCAAAAGCUGCGGUGGAGAGGAUAUGUCCCGGUGUUGUUUCGUGUGCCGAUAUACUUGCUGUUGCAGCACGUGAUGCUUCUGUUGCGGUGGGUGGUCCAUCAUGGAAAUUAAGGCUUGGCAGAAGAGAUUCUACUACUACAAACCCAACUGAAGCCGACAGAGAUCUUCCUAGAGGCGAUCAGGAUCUAGACUCGCUCAUUAGAAAUUUUGCUAACAAGGGUCUAAACGAAAGAGAGAUGGUUGCGUUGUCCGGGUCUCACACUAUAGGGCAAGCACGGUGUGUUACAUUUAGAGGCAGGAUAUAUAGCAAUACGACAAACCUAGAUCCCGGUUUUGGUAGCACCCGUAGACGUAACUGUCCACCGGCUGCACCCGAAGGUAACACAAACUUGGCACCACUUGAUUUGGUGACACCAAAUUCAUUUGACAACAACUACUUCAGGAAUCUAUUACGAAGGAGGGGUCUUCUUAUAUCAGACCAGGUACUUUUUAACGGAGGCUCAAGCGACAACAUUGUACUAGAGUACGUCAACAAUCCUUCAAGAUUUAGAUCUGAUUUUGCUGCAGCCAUGAUUAAGAUGGGAAACAUUGAGCUUCUUACUGGGAAUAAUGGGGUGAUAAGAACCGUAUGUGGUGCUUCCAAUUAACCUUAACUAUAUGUCAGGUUUAAACGAGAAAGUAGUCAAUUUACAAUAAGGCGAGAAGUUUCAAGAUCACACAUGAUUACAUGUGAUACAAACACGUAAGCACAUAUAAUACAACACAUGCUGCUUAUAUAUUAUUAUAUGUUUGUAUAACAUAUAAUCAAUAUAUGAUCUUGAAACUUCUCGUCUUCUCAUAAAUUGAUCAAUUUCUCGCAUGAUAUCCUUCACAUGUGUUUCUUGGAGCACCUAUUGUGUUAUUAAAAUAAGUUUUCUCAUUAAGUGGGAGGAAAAUUGUGAAUCAUGAUUGAUUAAAAUGUGUUUCAUUUUCAUUUGGUUUCAUGUAAUAUGUAAAAAUUUGUUGUCUUAAAAUCACUCAGCUCCAUC